CUCCAGGGAUCCUUGAGGAGAAAACUGGUGGUAAAUCUGACACCAGCCAAUAACAAGAGAUCAAAUGGGAUUGCUGACAACACUUUUCUGGAUAUUAAAAGAAUCCGAGGUGGUGAUAAUCUUUCCAUGGGGCGUAGUCAGUGUGGUAAUAGUUGCCCAAACCAGUCAGUAUUGGGAUCAUUCUCAGUUGGUCAAGGUGCUCCAAGGAAAAUGGACAGCUCAACAAACAACAGUCAUUCUAGUGCAAAUGGGAUGUUUAACAUGGCUCUAAAGGAGGUCAAAAAAGAACCUGGGGAGACAAUCUCUUGUAGUAAACAUUUGGAUGGUCAGACAUCCCAGAACAAUGCUUUUCCUAACAGAUAUGGAGAAGACACAGGGGAACAGUUGAUGGACCCAGAACUUCAGGAGCUAUUCAAUGAACUGAGUAAUAUUUCUGUGCCCCCCAUGAGUGACCUUGAAUUAGAAAAUAUGAUAAAUGCCACCAUCAAGCAAGAUGAACCAUUUAACAUUGACCUUGGUCAGCAGAUCCAGAGAGGGCCACCAACCCAAUCAUCUUCCCUGCAGAUGGAUAAAAUGGUGAUCAAGCAAGAGUAUUCACCAGGGUUAAACCAAGCUUCAGUGGGAUCACCUCAGAUGAGGCCUCCUUCUACAGACUCAGCUUUCACCAUGUCUGGUGCUGCUAUGUCCACCUCAUCUCCAGUUCCUUCAGUACCUCAGACUCAGACUCCUCCUUCUCAAGGGACUUCAGUCCCCCCUCGGCCAUUGGCCAACUGGCAAGAAGUUUCUCAUGCCCAGCAAUUGAAACAAAUAGCAGCGAACAGACAACAGCAUGCUCUGAUUCAGCAGUGCCAGCAAAGCCAAUCAGCAGCACCCUGGCCUGCUUUGUCAUCUACAGAGCCAUCUUCUGGAUCAUUUGUCCAGGAGAAGAUGUCUAGCCCAUCCUUCCACCAGCAACAACAGUUCAGUCCACAGAGUUCUGCAAUGUCUGGGAUCCCAGUCAAUGGGACUCCAUCAAAAGGAAUGAGCAGUUAUACCUACCGGCCAAACUCCAUGCCCCAGGGAAGCUCUGUCAACAUCGUAAUGCCACGAAAGCCUCAAGACAUCCCCAGAAGUUAUGUAAGCAACAGUCAGGUGUCACUGGAGGAACCUCAGAACAGUAUCAAGCCUUUGUUUCAUUUCAGCUCAGAACAAGCCAACAAGCAGAUGUCUUCUGCUUUGGGACCCCCAAAUAAGCCUUCCCUUCUCCACUAUGCACAGCAGCCACCCCAGCAGCUGUCUAACUCAGCAGUUCAGCCACAAACUUCACAACAGCAGCAGCACCAUCCUGCCCAACCUCUCCAAACCCAGCAUCUCCAAAGGCCUCCCAAUGUACCCUUAGCUCUACAGCAAAAGAUCAUGCUCCAGAAAAUGCUACAAAACCAGAGUGGUUCGGGACUGCAGUAUCUGGGCCCACAGAAUCAGCUGGAUCAACAUACUGUCUUGGGUCAAAGUGGAGGCACCAACCCAGGAUCUGCCACAUGCACAAAUGCAAACACUGGAACCAACUACAUCAACUCAUCACAACAAGCAUUGCUGAAUCAGCAGCUGAAACAACAAUUUCUCCUUCAGCAGCACCAGCAGCAGCAGCAAAUACUAACAGAAGCAGAGAAAGUAACCCCUCAAGAUCAACUGAAUAGACACCUUACAAGACCACCACCGGAUUAUAAGGACCAAAGAAGGGGCCAAGUCAACGUGCAGCAAACACACCAAUAUUCAGGUGGAUCACCAGCUGUGAGCAUCAACUCCAACUUGUGUUUCUCCAACGCUGUUUCCACUCCUAGCAUUUUGCCACAGCCAUCAAAUCUCUUGUCCACAACUCAUGGAACCAGGAUGCCUUCUCUUCCAGCAGGUCACCACGUCAGCUGCUAUGGGAGCAUUCCCUGCAGUCAACCAAAUGCGUAUAAUGUGGCAACGUCAGGAGUGAGCCAAGUUCCACAGCACAGAAAUCUAAACCCAAUUGUAACCAGUCAAAACAACCCUGCAGCAUCUCGGCCAGCACCACCUGGGCAAGGCAAUAACAUGCCCACCUUUGACAGUGGCUUGGGAGUUAAUUCCCAGCAAGGGAAGCUCAGCUUGAACCAGGGGACUUCAGCACAGAGACCUUCAAAUGUGAUGGUCACCUCAAAUGCUGCAGCUCAAAGCUGGGUUUCUCCAGAAGCAGGAUCAAAGCAACAGGAAACACAGAGGGCUUCAGGAUCCCCUUUCCCAUCUGGAAGCUCCUAUACAAAUCAGCCACUACAGCGCACAGCUGCCCUUCAGCAGUUUCCUCAGCGUGCCAUGGUGCCUCCUAACCAACUGGGCACUAUCCAGAUGAGAACCCCUGCGAGCCAAAUGAACCAAAGUCUAAAUGGGCAAGUGGCUGGGGCAUCCAAAUCCCAGAGUGCAAUGCCUACCCAAUUACGGGCAGAGGUUGUGGCACACUUAAAUCCACCCAGGGUGGGGAUGACACCACCCCACCCCUUGUCAUCAAACCAGUUCUCAACAAGUACUACCCAAAUGUCCACCAGGGCUUUUCAAGGAACAGAUCACUCCAGUGAUCUAGCAUUUGACUUUCUGAACCAGCAAGGAGAUAACAUUGGGCCUGCACUCAAUAGUGACCCAGACUUCAUUGAUUCUUUGUUGAAAACAGAGCCCGGUAAUGAUGAUUGGAUGAAAGACAUCAACCUUGAUGAGAUAUUAGGAGGCCAUUCCUGAGGCAGCUAACAAUUAUUAAUUCCUGGGGUCUUUUUAUUUUAUUUUUUUUUUAAGGCUGAAAAGUCAGGAUAUCACUCUUUCGUUUGUAGAAGACAAACGUUAGGGGAGGGAGGAAGCAAAACAGUGAGUGGCUGGAUCCAAACUUAAAGGCACUUGGAUGCAACCAUGCUUGCUUAACUUGUCCCAUUAUCAAGUAUGCUAAGAAUAGUGAAGUCUGGAUCCAUAGUUUCCAAAUAGUUGAUGGGGUUCCGAAAGCUAAAGGAAAUCAAAGAAACAGCUGUUCAUCAUCUAAGCAAAUCCUAAAUAUGUAGGCUAAUAUUUGCAUCUAUGACACAAAGGAGAGACCCAGGAAUAUGCACUGCAUCAACAAUAUACCUGCUGACAUCCACUAAUGGUUUUCAUGCAUAUCUGUGUGUGUGUGUGUGUGUGUUUGUGUGUGUGUACAAAUACAAAUCUGGGAAAAAUAAACUGAAAACAGAAAAGAACACCCAACUCAGAAAGCUUAACAUAGACUUCCCUAACAUUGCACAUUCCAAAUGUGUUUGAUUAGAAUUCUUAUCAUUUUCAUUCAGUGCAUCAUGAGAAUUGUAAUCUAAAAAUCAGGAGCAUAUCAAAUUUAGGGAAACAGGUUUAGCACUUCGUAGAAGCAAUCAGUAAGUGCCAAGGAAGAGAAGUGUAUUGAUAGAACCUGUAUGCACAUGUCAAAGAUCCCAGGUUCCAUAGGAUAUUUAGUCUGUGGUGAGAAAGAGCCAUCCCACAAUCCUGAAGGUCCACAGAGCAUAUGGCAGCUUCCUAAAUCUCUACUCCAAAGUUCCUAAUGCUCCAUUAAAGCUGCAGUUCUCUACCCACUUUUCUGGAAACAAAUCUACAGAAUUAGAUUUAGCAAGGGAAUAAAGAGAUAGCUUGCAGUGUGAGUGAUUUGCCUUCCCACCCACUUUCUUCCUAAUACCCCUCCUUUAUGGGAGAAUACGUGCAGAGUACAGAGUACCAAACUCAAGAGAAAUAGAGACUUUCUGUUCAAGGUCUGUCUAGCUACUUCCAGUGAAAUAGGAAUAUCCAGCAUGCCCAGCCUGUUAUGAUUUCUGCAGAUGACCCACUUCACAAGCUGCCUUCUCCUCUCCAUAGCUUUCCCAUUACCGAGUGAGUUUCUUCUUCCCUCCUCUUUAUUUACCUAAUUAGGUGUUGGGGAUGGAAUUGCGUCUUGGAUGCUAAUGGGAUUCCCCUGUGCCCCAGAGUGCAGAUCAUAUCAAAACAUCCCAGUUUUACCUUACAUAUCAAUAUAUUAGGAAUCAGAAUGGGGAUCCAUGUGGCAUGGAUCCCUGCAGACACCACACACAUAGACUCAAAGGAUAUCUAAUGGUAGAUCCAUCAAACAAGGUGGCUUAAUUAUUUUGAGCACACGCUGCAACCAGCCACCACCAUCACUCUCAGGAUGCCAAUUUAAGGAGUUCAUUUUUCAAAUGCAAGGUGUUUUUUUUUUUUUUUAUGGAUAGUCCAUUUUCUUCAUAAACAGCACAAUGGUAAGUGAGAUCUAAUCUCUUCCCCUAGACUUCCCUGAUAGUGGCAAGGAGUAGCAGCGGUGAUACAAUCUGCAGGGGAGGGUGGUAUUUCACCAGUCGUUUUAUUAUCUACAGUGCCCUGCGCAUAGCAUCACUCAGGGCACUGUUGGGAAUUAAAACUCUGCAGGCAUUUCAACCUUACGCCCUCUUGAUGGAUUGAGUCUACAAGAAUUUCUAGCCAGCACAUGCUAGGUAAUUUUGAAAACUUCAGUCCUAAUACAUCUGACGCAUGCCAUUGUAGGAAGGCUGAAAUAAUGAGCAGAUUGCUGUUCUGGUGAAGUGGGGAACAAAGGCUGGUGACCUAAGGAUUUUGGAUGCUGUUCCUGGCCAUUGCAUCUAUAAAGUCUUAUCAUUCCUGAUUAUCUGCAGUUCCGUGAACCAAAGUUGUAAAAGAGAUGUAUCCUUGUGCAAUUUCUGUUUAUUUCAAAACUCCAUGCCCUUGGACACUUGACCCUAGGUUGCACCUUUGUGAUCCAAGUAUGUAAAAAGCUGGGAGUAUUUUUAUUUUAAAACAAGAAAAAACCCUGCAUCUUGUUAACACCAUAUAUCUUCUUUUUACCAUUACAGUUAAAUGCACUACACUUAUCUUUUGCAUUAUUGAAUCAGGAGUUCUUUUCAGUAUUGGGCUGUAAAUAUAUAGAAAAGUUUUUGUAAACUUUUGUACAAAAAAAAAUGUAAUAUUUUGGUAGGAAUACUGAAAUCAUAUUCUUUGGGUUAUAUUUAUACACACGUGGAAUAAAAAUGUACUGUCCAAA